UCCAGUUAUUCUGCAAACUGCAAGAAACGAUAUCGAUUAUUGCCCACCUCUAUAUUGCAUUUGUUUACAAAAAAUUGCUAUGAAUCCAUUGGAUAAAAUUCACGCUCUAGACGAAAUAGAGAAAGAAAUCAUUCUCUGCAUGCAGAGUGCGGGACAAGCUCUGCAAGAACUUGGCAAAGAAAAAUCGUCGCAGAAAAAUGCCGAAACGCAGUCGCAGCAAUUUCUCAAGAGUUUGUCCAGUGUGGAAUCAAAACUUUCGGAACAAAUAAACUACCUCACACAGGUGUCCACCGGACAGCCGCACGAGGGUUCUGGCUACGCCUCAGCCAAGGUGCUGCAAAUGGCCUGGCACCGCAUCCAGCACGCCCGAUCGCGAGUUCGUGAGCUGGAGGAGACGAAAGCCAAGCACUCGCAUGCCGCCAGGCAACAGCAGAAGCGACAGCAAGAACAUGCCGCCGCCCAGCAGCAGCAACAACAGCAGGCUGCAGCAGCCGUUGCCCAGCAGCAGCAACAACAGCAACAGGCUGGCGGAGGCGUGGGUGUCUCACCGGGUGGCGACACUGGAGUUGGACAUGUCAUAGGUGGCGAUACAUCUGCUGGAAUGUCCACUAACUGAAUAAACAAUUAAAUGUCUAGGAUUAAAAUAGGAAUGCAUGUACUCCGAGGUUAGUUCGGAGAACCAGAAACCAGAUCGGGCAUUUAUCUGAUUAUGCUCGUAAGGCGUACAAUCAUAUUAAUGAAAUACGAACAGUUUUACACACAUCAACUCUCUCGAGCGUUUUAUUCAAUUUAUAUGUACAUAUUUCAAAUUUGAAACAUGUGUAAAUGUUGCCGCGGUUGUCCGCUUUCAGCUGCAAUGAAGAAGUUCGCCAUAUGGAACGUGAUCUUUGGCCUACUCUCGAUGAAUUGGGCAUAUAGAAUAAUGACGACGUCAGGUAAAUAAUGGCAAUAAAGACAUACUUAAACGGACUGGGAUAAUCCCCUGUGCAUGCUUCAAAAGGCGAACAUUUUUUUAUUGCUGGAUGUGUGCAUAUGGUUGGCGCCGCCUUACUAAUAAUCUCGGGAAUAUUGAUCCGCGUUGGCAUAGUAAAA